AUGAGGUGUGGUCCCGAUCCCGUAAAAAGCCCCGCGGGAUCGGGACCUUCUGAAUUACCCAAAUCAAUUGAUUUACAGCAAUAUGGUGAUCAAAUUCAUGAAUACGCCCCUACUACUGGCGUCAAUGAACUACGUCAGGCUGUUGCUACUUAUUACAAUGACACCUUUCGCAAUGAUAACAGUGAAUUAAAACCAUUUACUUAUGAAAAUGUUUGUAUUGUCCCAGGUGGACGUGCCGGACUUACACGAAUUGCUUCUGUUAUCGGAGAUGCAUACACUGGUUAUCAAUUACCUGAUUAUACUGCUUAUGAACAAUUGUUAACAAUAUGUCAUCGUACUGUCCCAAUAUCAACACACUUAGACUCGGAAAAACAAUAUAGAAAAAAAAUCUCGUGUUGUUACAACAGUUUUGAAAUUGAAAGUCUUUUUUUAUGCUUUUCCUGUUUUAAACGGAAACGAAAAGUAGUGAAGCGACAUAAUAACAACUGAACUAUGAUUAAAAUAAAUUCUCUUCCCGACUGUGCAGUACCAAGUUGACGGUCAAGGUUGUUGAGUGGAAAAAUUCUCUUCUUUUAUAAAUUCAUUUUAACAAUUUCAAACAUCUAAUUGAAAAGAAAAAAUAAGUUACGAAUUAUUAGAAAAUCCACUGACUACAGUGGUCUUUCAUUUAAUACCAUGAAGGAAAAAAAUAGAUCAACACAUGAUUUUCAUGCUGUAACAGGAUACAUUCUUUAAACCUGCAAAAGAUUUCAUUACUUCAUUACCGAAUUUGAAGAACAGGAUAAGAAAGUGCAGUUUGAUCGGUAUUUGCCUGACUUCAUCUUCAACAGUCUAGUUGUCUAUAGGUAAUAAAUCAAAAAUUGUAAUUCUUAUCUGGGAUAUUUAACUCUUCCUUUUUUUAAUAUUAAUCUAAUCAGAAUGUCCAAUUCAGUUUCAAACGAUUUGUCUUUGCUACCUACCCAUUACAUUAUCAUCUCUGCUAUAUGAAAUAACGUGCAGUUGAAUAUUGAUAUUUGACAUUUUAAGUUACAAAUUCCAGUAGAUCAACAUGUGUUCUGCGCAGUCAAACUUAGUUCUGGUCAUGUAUUUCUACAUUUUUACAGAAAUUAGGCAUCAUUAAUAUUUGUCAUUCUUCGGACAUAAGCCUGCACAUGUGCGACAUGAAGCAACCAUAUAAUUCUGGCUAUACAUAGUACUUGAUCUGGAUCCGAUCUAUAGUUCAUAUUAUCAAACCAUUAGUGAUUUUAUUUAUAAAACUUUAUUUAUACCUGGACCUGAUUGUUGGUUUCUUGGCGAUUCCACUUAUACUAUUAUUGAUAUUUGUCGAUGUACCUGGAAAUUCUAUUCCUCGUUUAAUUGCUGCUUUCACUAUGUUCAGCAUUUACUGAAAGUUUAUAGACUUUUUGUAAGUUUUACGUGUAUUAUUUCCUUAAUCAUAACCCAAACACUCUUACGAUCGAUUUAGUGGUUUAUUCUACUCUCCGUUUCAAAAUGGUUGGCACUCGGUUGCUUUUUGAAUAACUUUUGAUAGGAAUGAGAUAGAGACCUGCGAUUUUCGCUGUUCAAUAGCCAAGACUUGAGCAGAACUUUUCACAAG